GCACGACAUCCCAAAGAAGCAUUGCCAUGGACACGAAGGAAGCGAUCACGACGAUGGAGGGCGCGAUCAAAUUCGCCGUCAAGACUAUGGACGACUUCUUCGACCCGAACAUCGACAAGGAUCGCCGUAUCCCCGUCGACCUCAUGCAAGACGCGAAGGGCUUGGCGUUCCUCACGGUCGUCAAGGCCGGGUUCAUUUGGACAGGCAAGGUUGGCACGGGCCUCGUGAUUGCCCGUCUGCCGGAUGGUCGCUGGUCGGCUCCGUCGGCGAUCGGAACGGUCGGUAUGGGCCUGGGGUUUGAAGCGGGGGGUCAAAUCAUCAACUUCAUGAUCAUCCUCAACUCGGACGCGGCAGUCAAGUCGUUUCGCGCCAAGGGGCAGCUUUCGGCCGGCGCCAACAUGGAGUUCGCCGCGGGUCCGUACGGUCGUGCCGCGGGUGCGAAUGCUAACCUCAGCACUGCCGGUGUCGCGCCAAACUACACAUACAGCCAUAGCAAGGGUCUGUUCGGUGGUGUGGGACUGCAGGGGUCGGCGAUUGCCGCUCGCGCCGACAUCAACAAGUCAUUUUACGGACGCGAGAUUUCGCCCACCGAGAUCUUGACGGGCGCGGUCGAACAGCCCACCGCGGCCGCCCCGCUGUACGAGGUUAUUGAGCGCAUCUUGGCGCUGCCGUCGCAGGGCAACCCGUUGAAGAACCUCCCUUCGAUGCCAACGAUGUCGAUCCCAGCGAUCCCGUCCAUGCUUCGACUAGGGGUCAGCGCCGACGCCGCGCCGGCCCCCGCCCAAGGCGCGGACAUCCAAGCUGUGUACCACCGCGUGAUCACCACCAUUGAAACGUUGGCGGGCGAGCAAUUCGCAGACGAUUUCAAGGUCAAGUGCAAAGACUACGGCCAGAACAAAAUCUCGAACGAAGCGUUCACGACGUACAUGGCCCAGGCGUUCAACGCCCACCAACGUGUGACACUGUACCCGGACGUGGUCAAGCUCUUGCAAGACAAACCCAAGCGCCAAGCGCUGUGGGACGCGUACUUGCUCGCCAAAGAUGAAGUGACCGCCACGUCGCCAGCACCAUCAUCGGAGAGCCCGUCGCUAUUUUAAGCUCACGGCAAUCUUACCCGUCCACCAUGCGAACGUGGAUUGUCGGACUUUGCAGCAUUGAGAUAGUCCAAUAGUACUACUAGCCUUACAAGACCGCCGCAAUGGAGUAUACAGAACAAGGUGAAGCAGCCACCCACCCACGCGACAACUGUGGACAUGAAAGGCGAAGGAAUAAAAAUAGUGUUAAAAUGAAAGUCCACUACUGUAGCCAACUACUUCUAGACAUAACGGGACGCUGCCAUGUACAGCGCCCACGCCCGCGUGAGGCCGUCGUCGAGCGCGACCGUCUGCAGCUUGGCCAUGGCCACGUCCGGGUGCACAGUGGCGUAGUUGAGGUACAAGAGCGAGAGAGCAGCGUCGUGCUGCUGGUCGUGCUGCACCACCGGCAGCUUGGACAGGACGUCGGUCCACUCCUCGUGGACAAACUGUUUGGUGCGGACGUACUCUGUCACAGGCGUCACGGGCAGCAUCUGGAUCAUGUGGAUGGACUUGCGCGCGUCGCUGAACCAGGUCGUGUAGUGCACCUUGUUGUCAAAGUAAAUACCCGGCACAUGGUUGACCUUGAUCGACGGCGGGUGAAUCUCGUUGGACGUGGUCAUGAGGAAGUACGUUUGCACGCUGCGCACGUUGACGCUGAGCAUGAGCCGCCCGAGACGCUCGAGCCGGACGUCGCCGGUCGCUUGGCCAAACAACGCCAUCGCAUAGUAAAAGUUGACGUCUUCGGACGUGCUUUCCAGGUCCUUGCCGUCCACCGCGGCUGUGACACCGUGCGAGUACGAGUGCCCCUUGAACCAGUCAAACAUGCGAAACAUGGGAAAGUCGGCGUCCGCGGCGUCGGCGUUGGCCACGUCCCGAAUGAGAAACGACACGCGCUGGUUGAGUGCGGCGAGGCCAGGCAUGGUCGGGUGCACGACGUUUGCGAUCGCCGCCGGCCGCCGCCGCGACCCAGUACCCAAAGUGGUAGUGGUGGUCGUUGUAGAUGGUGUUGCCAAAGUCGGCGUACGUGUUGGCCUCGUCAAAGCCCUGGGUCGUUACGAUGCCCUUGUACACAGUGUCGUACACGAGGCGAUGCGUGAACGCGUUGGACGUGAACAGCUUGAGCACGUUCGUCAGCUUGGCCUGGCACCGCCGCAGCAGCGAGUCGUCCGCGCCCACGACCGCGCGGUCGCUCUCCAUCAAGCACAGCGACGCGUACUUCUGCGCCAACUUGCCGUUAAAGUAGUACGACCCGCCCACGGACAUGGUCCAUGGCGCGUCGAUGUCGGCCUUGCGGUGCGCGAGGAGGCGCGUGUGCUGGAUGCGCUCGCGGGACGGACGUUGCCGGGGGUACAGCUCCACGGGCACGAGCGACUCGGCGAGGAUCCACUGGGGCGGCUGGUUGGCAAUCGUGGCGAGGGGGAUCAUCGCGCCGCGAGUGGCCGACUCGAGGCGGCUCAUGGUCGCAAUGGGGGCGGCUGUGUCCGGGGUGAGGAUGGCGGCGUGAUGGGCCAAGGCAAAGUGGAGGAGACCAAUGUCGCAGCUGCCAGUGGUGGCCAGUGGUGGCCCACUGGAACCCAUAGUCGAAGCGGUUGAGGGUGAGGUUACCUCCUGUGACGAUGCACCCGUUGUACUUGUCGUGGGCGGCAAUGUCCUGCGGUGUCCGAACCAGCGCCACGCGAAUGGUGCCAGUGAACAAGUCGGUUUGCUGCAACAUGCGAUCGGUUACGACAGAUAGCGUCAACGGCGACGACGUGUACACCGCCCACUGCUGGCCGUUGCUGAGACGGAGUACAAACUUGGUGCUAGUGACUGUGGACCGCUUGACCAGACCCGCCUCGUUGAUGGACACGAUCGCGUGCUCGGUGGAAACUCGCGGCGAGAGCUUCGAGUAGAACGCUGUCACAUAUGCCAUGCCGCUCACGAGCGACGUCUCGAGCCAUUGGUCGGCGGCGCGUUCUUGGCGCACGGUCACGCCCAAGUCAUCCCAACUCGUGACUUGAAACGACUGCGAUGACGACGUGAUGGCGCCGAUGGUCACAUCCUUGGAGUACGCGUGGCUGUAGCUCUUGGCGCCGCCGACGUUGCCGGAUGCGCCGUCAAAGUACCGCGUGCCGUACGGAAACGAGACAAUAACGCCUUGGGGAAGCAACACCACGGCGUACGGGUUGGUCCACACGCGCUUCUCGGGCACCGUGUCUUCGCGGGGAGAGCUGAUUAGGUUACCCCACCAUCUGUUGGUGGGAAUGGGCACGUCGUGGCGGAUGCUUGGGUGGAGGUUGCGAGGUGGCGCAAACCACGAUUGCGCGGCCGAGCUGGGAAAGUUGCACCGCGGAGACGUUCCGGCGUCCGCAAGAAGGCAGUUCAGACUCUGCAUGGCUGCUGCGUUGCUGAUUUCAUUCGUCACGGCAAUCGUGGGCGUGGAUGCUUGAACGACGACGACGACGACAAGCGCCACGCCAGCCACUGCCACGAGUCCGCGGAGACCAAUCAAAGUGCGGAACACUGAUCGAGUCGACUUGGGCACGGCUAAUGCCAUGAAAGUGCCGUGCGAUGAGAUCGUAGUAGGCAGCGGCGUUUGCAUCGACGCCAGUUGUUCCUUCAUCAUGCUGGCUGCUGAAGGUGAAAUGUGUGUGUGGGAGUGGUGGCC